AUGGCCUCGCAAGCCAAGGACAAGAAAGCGAUAAGUGUCGGUGUGGCCUAUGUUGGCUACAAGUCCCCGGACGAACUGGAGAUGUUCACCGAGGAGUGGCAGAAGAAGUACUACCGGAUGCUGCGGCUCGGCGAGAGGGCCACGCGCAUCCCGAAGCCUCGCCAGGUCGUCGUUCAUGGCGAAGUCUACAACGUCUGGAGCCUUUUAGAGGCAGGGCCGGUGCGAGGUCUGAUGUGUCUUGCUUUGGCUUAG